AUGCGCCACUCUCUCGUGUUUUUAUUGGUCCCGGCUAUUGUUUCUGCGCAAACAAUCAAUAAGCCUGGACCCCUCAAGCCUCAGCUUGGUGGGCGAUGCUGUAGCAUCAAUGGCGUGGCAGACCCUACGGAAACCUGUACUAAGCAAGGCUUAAACUCGUUUUGUUGUACUGGUAUUCUGAGCUUUACUGGGAAUGGGUGCGACAACGUGUCAGGAACGGUUGGACGCAAUGUUCAGGAUUUUCCACCUGCUAGUGAUGCUUGUGGCGAUUUCCAAUUCAUUGGAUGCGCGUAA